GGGAAUAAGGCGGAAUCGGCAGCGCUGCCGCAAGUAUCCACUUUUUCACGGGCAACAAAUUGACAAAGAAAUUGUAAGAUAGUUUCCUGUGGCGAUUGCUGCUUGCGCAAAAGCCACUUGCCUCAAAAGCGGGCUUAAACAGAGUCCGGGCCAGAAGUGAAAUAUCGCAGAAAGCGUGCAUCCCGUGUAAUUAGCGUACUGCGACGCACCAAACUUUUUUUUUUUUAUUGUAUGCCGUGAGCUGAGCGGAGGUGGAGAUCGGGAGUUCGGAAUCCGGAACGGGCAUUGGGCUUUGGGAAUCGGGACGGGAGUCACAAGUCGGAGUCGGGGGCUAUGGAGCAGAACUCAAACAGCAGCGUCGCGGAGACGUUUGCGGACGCAGCAGCGUCGGACGCGGAGUAUGGCACUGAGAACUGCUCCGGAUCCGGAAUGUCGGUGGGCGACACCGUGAGCGCCAAUCACGAGUUCCAGACCAUGAAACCGGGUCCCGGUGUUGGGCACAAAGUGAUGCCGGUGGCCAACAGCGCCAGCAGUGCCAACACAACCAAUGGUCGCACGCGCUCCGAGAUGCCGCACAGCGAGCUGGUGAAGAUGCUGUACUACCUGGAGGGCGAGCUGCAGGCACGGGAUGUGUGCAUAGCUGCGCUGCGGAACGAGCGGGUGAAGCAGCUCAUCGCCCAGCUGCGCACCAAGCGACUGCAGCCCAACGAUCCGUAUGCGGCCAUAUUUCGGGACAAGAUCGCCCUCAAUGGUAAUCUCAUAUCGAGGGAAUCGUCCACACAGGCGGCGCAGGCCGAGAUGGAGGUGCGCCAGAUCAUUGAGCAGCAAAUGGAGCAGCAGUAUCAGAUGGUCAGCAAGCAGAGGGCCACGCACGUGCGUAUGGUCAACAUAUUGACCGAAUCGCUGGAGAACAAUCAGCGCAUGCUGCAGGAACUGGAGGAGGAGAAACGCAAGCAUGAGAACACCACGGCCCAGGGCGACGACAUCACCUACGGCCUGGAAUUGGAGCGCACCAAGCUGAAACAGGAUCUCGAGGAGGAGCGCGCUCAGGUGGCCAAAAUGGAGAAGGAUCUGAAGAAGCUGCAGGAGACGCUUGAGUACGAGCGCAAUCGACAGAAGCAGAUCGUGCUGCUGCUGAUUGCGGAGCGCAAAAAGAUCCUCAUGAAGUACAUUGAAGAAGGGAAACGCUCCGAGGAUCUGGCCCAAAUCCUGGCCGAGGAGAAGCAGCGCUCGGACACCAUUGCCGAGGGUCUCGAGGAGGAGAGCAAAAAGUCGCUGCGCAUGGAGGAGGAACUGGAGAAGCAAACGCAUGCCAUGGAGCAGGAGCGGAAAGUGCUGUUCGCCAAACUAGCCAAGGAGGAACUCCGGGUCAAAGAGCUGGAGCAGGAACUCAACGCCCUGCGGAGCGAGCAUGAGGCUCUGAAAAAGCAGCAGCAACUGGGUGGCAGCGGCUCAUCCGUGGCCGCCGCCAAGGCGCGACAGUUCAGCGACGACGCCUGUGCCACGCCCCCCAUGGUGAACAUCGCCAAGAUCGUGCAGCCAACAGCCACGGUUAGCAGCAUGCCGGUUUCGGGACCACAGACCGGCAUCGCCCGCUCCAUUGCGCCGGGCCAGAACAUCCGGAGCGCUGGAAUCGCAACGGCGCCCACGGGCACGGCCACAGCAGCAAUAGCACCACUAGCUGCCGUGCUCAACCACACUACCAACACCACAACCACCACCACUACAACCACGAACAACACCACCAGCAGCAGCAACUUGAGCGGUAGCGUUGCAGCAGCAGCUGCAUCAGUGGAGACGGCAGCUACAGUCACCGUGCCCAUGGUGGCGCCACCCUCACCCUCGCCGGCGAAGAUGCAGCCGACAGCCACCAUCCAGCGGGCGCCCGGCGGCAAGUAUGCCGCACUGGCUGCGGCAGCUGCCCUCGACCAGACCACACCACCGCAUCCUCAUCCCGUUCCCAUCGCCGUGCCACCGGUCACGGUGCCACCAGCGGGAGCCCGCGGCGCACCGCCACCCAUACCAACCAAGCCGAUCGUGCCCCCCAAGCGGGAGCCAUCGCUCUCCCGGCUGGGCUCGAUCACGGGCAGUAGUGCCAUAGCGGCUGCCACCGCAGCCACCACGGCCGCGGGUACGGCGAAGCAGAAUUAGACACCUCCACUCCACUCAGACUCACAUUAAUAACCGAUAUUGGGCGUAGGAUAAGCGAAAUACUCAAGCGGCGCAGUCCCUCGAUGACCGCGCUGGGCAACAGGAUCCUCCAUCCCGAACUGACCUUAUCGUUUGCCUUUAAAAUGUUUUUGUUCUAUGUGCGUGCACAAGUUUUAUGUCUGUCUCUCGUUUUCUAUUGUGAUCAUUCACUUUGAAUUGCAGCUAACAAAAGAUUUCAAUUUAUGUUAAAUAUUAUUUAUUCCUUGAUGCACUUCAAUAUUCACACAUUCAUUUCACAUCUUAUCAUUUAACAUUUAUACACUUAACUCCAUUGUCAGUUCGGGAUUGGAAACUUAAAAGGUAAUCUAAAAUCUUCUUAAAAGCAAAAACGUUUCGUUUAUCUAAGUGUUUUCGGUUGCCUAGCGCGAUUUGGCAUGCAAAACGUUUAGGAGAAAAGUUUGUUAAGAAUUAGAAUGAUAGUACAGUGCGACUUCCCAGGCGGCCUCUCAUCUAAGUUUGGUUUAGUUUUUAUUGUUUUUUACCAAGCGAUAUGAUAUGAUAUGAUACAUUUUAUAACGCCAUUGGCGGUCCGAGGGCCAAGCCAAGAGACAAGCGACUUUAAAUGUAAUUCCGUGCGUAGUGAGCGAACAUUUGUACAAGGCCGUGCGAUUCUCAUAACAAGUAACAGCCACAAUAUAUGAUAAUUAUAAACAUA